GUCGCCGAGUUUAACAGCCUGGCCGCUGCGGCCGUCAUUUCUAACAUUGCUGGCGCGAGCUCAGCCUCCCUGCCGGCCUCGCUCAGUUUGGCCAGCUAUCCUUGCCCCGAAGCGAUCGACCUCCAUGGCUCGUCCGGUGCUUCGCGCGCUUCGUGCGGCUCGUUCGACUCCGCCUGCCGGGACUCCAUUGACGGCCUCGCCUCUCUGGACCCGAACACUCUGGUCACCCUGAGUAACCUGGCUGCUGCGGCGGCCGCCGCCGAGAGCAACGGUUUCUGCAGCCUCAACACCCUUGCCACGGCUGCAUUGGCCGUCGCGAACGCCCAAAAUCACCAGAUCACCUCGGAGCCUCGCACAGGAGGAGGCCGCACUCUCGCCGUCAGAACCCGUGGCUUAUGCCUACUCACCUUGAAAUUGUAUGCCUCUGGAUCUUUAUACUCUCCAUUCGUCCUUCAGGCAGUCGGCAGCCAUCUGCUAGCUGGGCAGGUGGCAAUCAGACAGAACCUACUCAUAGCAUGA